GCUGGGGAUAAAGAGUGAGUGAAACAGAGAGGGUUUUUUUUUGCACGCUGCCAGAGCCUUACAGCUUUAGAGGAUUAAAACCUUCAUCUGGAUGUCUGGUGGUUGGUGAUUUUUGACCUUGUACCACUUCUUUUCCACCGUGAAAGUUUUUUGUGUUUUUGUAUUGUUUGCACACUUACUGGGAGCACUGAAGGGUAGAGCUGGCUACGAAUCUUGAAAAGCUAUUUUCGUCUGUUUCCCGGACGCUUCUGGUCCUACUUAUUCCUAAUUUUGGUGUCCAGGCUUGAUUUUGAUAUCACCGGAAACCAUGAGUUCCUUGGUAAUGAAUAAAGCAGAGGAUGGCGACAACUCAAGCAUUGACCUCAUCCAAAACAGGAUUGAGUCACUCAGCAGCAAGAUGGACAAACUCAUCAACAUUCAAGAGAAGGUCCUGAACCGACUGGACGGUAUGUCUCAGGACAUUGACUUCAUCGAAAAGGAUAUGGAGAACCUGAAGGUUGACCACGAGGAGAUCCAUCUUCCACCCAAGAUGGUGAACCAGACCCAGGUGGUGGGCCGAGAGGUGAAGGCGAUCUGUCAGGAAAUGAGCACCAUAAUGACCGCGGUGAACCAGCGCUCGGAGCAGCAGGCUCAGAAGCUGGAAGGGAUGGAGAAGCUGGUCCUCAGCAUGCAGCAGGUGAUCAGCUUCAUCGGUGAGACGGUGAAGAGCUCGAAGGUUAUGGAGCUGAUGUUCAAAGGCCCUGCUGCUCGAAAGGGCUCCAAGUCCAAAGACAAUAAAGGAAAGCAAGCCGUUAAGAAGAGAUCGUCCACAGACACAAUAGGCAAGAAGCUUGACAAGAAAUCUACCUCUAAUAAAGCCAGUAAAGGGAUUCAGGCGAUAACUCCUGCAUGUGAGUCCAGUUCUCCACAGCCUGCUCACAAGAUAAAGCUCCGUGGACCAAAGCAUUUCCUCGCCUCUCGCAAAUGUGGAAACUUUGUAGGUUUAUUGUGCUUAUGGACUUUGAAGGACCAUAAAGGUAAAGAUGGGACAGACAAGCCUUGUCUGAGCCCAAAGGUUCUGAAAGCUCGGAAGAAGAUGAAGCCCCCAGACACAUCAGAAAAUAUAUCUCUGAAGAAGCAGGCGUUGCUUUUGGAGGAGGUGCAGAAACUGAACAGGGAGAAUACCGAGAAAUCAGGUCAGCAGCCGAGCUCUGGUUUAUUGGACCUGGAGGCUGGAGUUUCCCCUAAAGAUCAACAACUUUACGACCCUGCUUGCAACCUGGUGGACUACCUGCGCGAGGAUUCUCAAGUGACUGUGACCGAGGGAGAUCAGGCUGAGGAAGAAGAGGAGGAGGAGCAGGCAGCAGAUACAGAGAAGAAACCUGAGCUUGAAGAGAAAGAGGAAGAAAAGGACGUGGGUGCUUCUUCUGCUGAGGAUGUGGUCGAGGCUGCCCCUGAGGAGGAGAAGGAGCUCACUGCUACAAGCAGUGAUGACAGCAAAGACGCCUCCUCAUCUUCUGGGGAGAAAGACCAGAUAUCGGCUGUCAGCAUCACAAGUACCAAAUCCUUUGUGACUGAGGAACACUUUGAAGUGGAGGACCACACAAACACGCAGGUGGUAGAGGUGGUGGAGGAGGACAAGAAGGAAGACAACGAGGAGGGCGAACAGAGGUCUGAGUCUGAGGGCUGGGCUUUCUUCCGAGCAGAAGGAGUCGAAAUCCAGUUUGACCUUAAAGAAAGGCUGGAGAGAGCGCAAAAAGAAAAUGAUGCAGAGGUGGAGGACGAUGAUGAUGAGGAUGUAGAGCGGUACUUUAUCGAUACCGGCCCUCCUCCAUCGGCUCCUUUUAAUCACCGUGUCGUUUCUGCCAAGCCCAACCAGAUCAUCAACUUCUACUCCAUCAACUGGCAGGAGGUCCUGGGCGGGGGUCGCUUUGGUCAGGUGCACAAAUGUGUUGAAAACUCCUCUGGUCUCACUUUGGCAGCAAAGGUCAUCAAAGCCAGGAGUCUGAAAGAAAAGGAGGUGGUGAAGAAUGAGAUCCAGGUCAUGAAUAAUCUGGACCAUGCCAACCUGAUCCAGCUCUAUGCAGCUUAUGAGUCAAGGAAUGACAUCAUCCUUGUACUUGAAUAUGUUGGUGGCGGGGAGCUGUUUGACAGGAUCAUUGAUGAAAACUACACCCUAAUGGAGCUGGACACUGUGGUGUUCAUCAGACAGAUCUGCGAUGGUCUGCAGCACAUGCACAAAAUGUACAUCCUACAUCUGGACUUAAAGCCGGAAAACAUUCUGUGUGUGAGCAGAGUUACAAACAAGAUCAAAAUCAUCGACUUUGGUCUUGCUAGAAUAUAUAAACCUCGGGAGAAACUGCGGGUGAACUUUGGCACGCCAGAGUUUCUCGCUCCUGAAGUCAUCAAUUACGACUUUGUAUCGUUCAACACAGACAUGUGGAGCCUCGGCGUUAUCACCUACAUGCUUCUGAGUGGCCUCUGCCCCUUCCUGGGCGAUGACGACAACGAGACUCUCAAUAACAUCCUGGCCUGUAAGUGGAACUUUGAUGAACAAGAGUUUGUGGAUACAUCUGAACAAGCCAAAGACUUCAUUUCCAAACUACUCGUGGUGAAUAAAAGCUGGAGGAUGGGGGCGUCUGAGGCUUUAAGACAUCCUUGGCUAUCUGACACAGUCCUUCAUCAUCGCCUUCAUACAAAGAAAACUAUGUGCAGAUCACGGCGAUCAUCAUGUGUGCCCACGACUGAUAGCUGAGGGCUACAGUGAUGCGACGGCUCCAGCUGUGGCCACUAUAGGACCAACCCUCCUGUCCAUGUAAAUUACCCGAUUCUUCAGUCUCUGCACCUGACGGACGAAUAGGCCGUAAAUUCUUGCAGCCCCACAAUUCUUUUUCUGACAUGUGAUCCAAUGUGUUGUGUAACUGUAAGCAAUAUUGAACAAUUAUUUACAGAUUUAAAAAUAAGAAAAAAGCUUUGUUCAAAUGGGAUGUAGCAGUGUAUAGUCCCACCAUGCAGUCUAAUGCAUGUUAAUUAUAUCUUUUCUUCAAUAAUGUACUACUCGAUCACUGAAGUUAUACCCUUUUUACCCAAACUUUAACACGUGUCAUGAGAGGGAAACAAAGGCCAAAUAAAAUGAUAAUAACAUUUAUGACUGAAACCAAUCCGGUAAGAACCACUGUGGAAGAAUUCUGUUAGAUUGUCUUAGUUUUCAUGACUUUUUUUUGAAUCCCUUUGUGUAUGGCAGUUCUUCAAAACGGUGCUAAUGUCAUAAUGUGACCUAGCUUAUUUGGACAUCAUAUUUUCUCAUAAAACUGUAAAUGCUUGAUUACUUUGCACCUUUGCUUUAAAGUAUCUGUGUACUUCACAAUGACAUAUCCUCUCAUUGAGCCACUGUCAGUUAUCUCAAAUGUGCUUUUAUCUUUCGCUGCUUUUUUUCAUUUUGUUUUGUUAGAUAGAAACAUACCUCAACUUUUUCUGUGUGAAGGCUACAGCAUGGUCCGUUUUUAAAUAUACUCCAAUACCCUCUUUUUAUUUUUUAUUUUCUUUGUUUUUGUAAUUUGCAUCCCCUGUCUCUGUUCUAUAAAUAGGCACCAAACCGUAGAUUGAAAAUGAUAUAUUUUGUUAUUUUAGUGUAAGGUCUGCAUAAAACAGCUGUAUGUGUAUUGUGCAUAUGGACAUAGUAGAAUCUAU